AAAAUAUCAUGGAGAACUGGAAUUUUUCUGACGUUCUGCUUCCUGUGGGCCUGGCCUUACGAUCGCGGGUUGUACAGAAUAAAAGGAGCAGCUGUGGACAGCAAGUAGACAGGUAAACUAUUCACAGCAACUCACACAACAGAAACAGCGGUCUGCACUGCUCUCUCUUGUGAAGUGAAGAACCGAAAAGAUGACCCCCAGCUCCAAAGUAGCCCUCUCCGUCCUGCUGCUGGUCACUCACGCUGCAUUUUCCUCAGGCGCAGCUCUAGGCGUGGAUUUGCGAUGUAAGUGUAUAAACACAGUUUCCGAAUUCAUCCCUCAUAAGCGCAUGGCAAACAUUGAAAUUAUCCCCAAGGGGCCACAUUGCAGUGCAGUCGAGGUCAUUGCAACACUGAAAUCUGGCCAGCUGACCUGCCUGAAUCCCGAGGCUAAGUGGGUGAAGGUCAUCAUUGAUAAAAUACUGAACAGUGGAAAACACAAUUUUCAGCAUGUGUGAGAUGAAUAUUUAACCACAGAAUCUUGGUACCUGUUUCCUGUAUGAAAUGGAACACCAGCAGCAUGUUAACAACUGGGAACUGCAAAAAGCAGGAGUGCCAUUUGUGAAGCUAUAAGAAGACAUUAUUGUUUCACUGGCAGGACUGUGUGCAUCUGAUAGGGUUCAUGAAAACUUCACCCAGGGAUUGUGAGACACUGGCAUAUUUAUUAAAAUAAACUAAGCUAUUUAAAUUAUAUUUAAUAUACCCAUACAUAUUUAUGUGUAUAUAGAAUUGUGGGUUAUAUUUUGUAUGGAAUGAGCA